AGAAUGUCCGGACGUGGUAAGGGGGGGAAAGGUUUGGGGAAAGGGGGCGCCAAGCGCCACCGCAAAGUUCUGCGCGAUAAUAUUCAGGGCAUCACCAAGCCCGCCAUCCGCCGCCUGGCCCGGCGUGGAGGUGUCAAGCGCAUCUCUGGUCUCAUCUACGAGGAGACCCGUGGGGUGCUGAAGGUGUUCUUGGAGAACGUGAUCCGGGACGCCGUCACCUACACCGAGCACGCCAAGCGCAAGACGGUCACGGCCAUGGACGUAGUGUACGCGCUCAAGCGCCAAGGACGCACCCUCUACGGCUUCGGCGGCUAA